AUGGCCCUCCCGCGUGGCAGAACGACGUACAAGAAGAAGGACGGCAUCCUCACCUUGACAGAUGAUCGAACUGCCCUGAUAUGGACGCCCAUGCCCGCCACAGGGCCGCCCACCGUGUCCCUGGCCCUGGAGAAUAUCAUGAAUCUCCAGCAGACACCAGACGGCGCACCCAAGGUCAUUCUGAGGGUCAUCGAGAAACCGAAGUCAACUGCUGGAGAAGGAGCCGCGCCGUCACAGUUCCUCUUCCAGUUCACCUCGCCGAGUGAUGCCCGGGCCGAGGCCAAUGCCAUCAGGGACCUGCUGUCCCAGUUGUUGGCCGCUGCCCGUGAGAAUGACCCCAACGUGCCAAAGCCUGCCGGAGCUGGGCAGAACGGGGCGAACGGUGCCGGAGCCUCGGCAACCAUGUCUUUUGCCAGCACCGUGAACGCCAAGGCGCCUCCAAAGUGGUUCGACGACAACACGCUCAAAGCAGAUACAGAGCUGCAGCAGUCCCUCAUGAAGAAGGACAAAGACUUGGCCCAGACAUACUCAGAUGCCCUCGCCCUCAAACCUACCUCCAUCUCACAAGCUGCCUUCAACGCCCAGUUCUGGUCCACCCGGGCUGGCCUCCUCCGUGCUCAUGCCAUCGAGCUGAACCAGAAGAAAGGCGCCUACAACGUGCUCUCCACCAUUAAGCCACGGACCGAGGAUGGCCAGUUCAAGCUGAGCAUCACAUCGGAGCAGAUCUCCAUGAUCCUGCAGCAACACCCGCUUGUGAGGCGGAUAUACAACGAAAAUGUCCCCAAGCUCUCUGAGAGCGAGUUUUGGUCUCGCUUCUUCCUGAGCAAGUUGUCAAAGGCACUGCGUGGCGAGCGUUUUACUGAGAACGACAACGCCGAUGUCAUAUUUGACAGGUAUUUGAACGCCGACAACUCGUUUGGGGUUGCAAGCAAGAUUGGCGCGACGCAGAAGGUCCCACACAUCAUAGACCUGGAAGCAAACGAGGAAAACCAGGGAGGCUUCAAGAGCGGCAACCGCAAGGACGUUGAGAUGCGGCCACGGGCCAACAUCCCCAUCAUCAAGACGUUGAACAGUCUCAGCGAGAAGAUCAUGGCCAACGUCGCCCCCACAGAUCUCGACCCAUCCGCCCCCGACGGCCUAGUCGAUGACACGCGCAUCUUUGACGAGCUCACCCUGCGCGACCUCCGCGGCGACGCCGAGGCAUCCCGCAUCAUGCUCAAUGUGAAAGAGCAAAGUCAAUUCUUCUCCAACCAAAACGGCCAGUCAGAGGAGGCCAAGAUUUACGAGAAGCAAGUCCCCUCAGAAGUCCUCUUCGAGGUCCAGGCCGAUCUCGAAACGCUGGACGAUGACGGGUCGGGCGGAAUAGACCUGCGCAAGGGCAUCGGCGUUGACGACGACAGCGACAGCGACGGCGAGUCAGAAAAGAACCCGCACGUUGGCUCGCGCGGGGCCCGGAAACAAGCCCAGAACCAGAUCCUCGGCGGCAUGCUCAAGAAGCGCUCCGAGACUCACGGCGUCUUCAGCCUAGGCGCCGCCGACGAGGACACCUCGCCCAUGAGCAUCCCGCCCGACAUCGCCCAGCGCUGCGUCCUCACCAACGCCACGUCGACCGAGUUCCUCAAGCAGUUCUGGAGCGCCUUCUUGUCGGGCGACCCGGCCCGGACGCAGGAGCUAGCCUACUACGCCGAGUCGUUGCGCCGGUCGGCCGAGCGCAUCGACGCGCUGGCGGGCGAGGCAGAGAAGGUCCGCCAACAGGUGAUUGAGAAGCGAAAGCGCGAGAUCAAGGAGCACUACGAGCGGACGCGUAAGAAACUCCGGUGGCAGCCGCCCAAGGGGGGCAAGGACUCGGUGCUGGCGUUGUUUGAGGCGACUCUUACAGGGCUGAAUUCGGCGCUGGAUAUGUAUGUUUCGGCGUUGGGGGAGGCGAGAAAGAAUGGGUGA